AUGUCUGCGAGUCAUGCUGUCAGAGACGUAAAAGGUGCGACCAGUGCCGGGAGAACCAAAGAAAACGACCGCGUUGAUUUUCUGGCUGGUAGAUUUCCCGGCUUCGAACUGAAAGAGCAUGAAGAGGAACAUCGGUGCGCCUUUGCACCAAAAUUUGUAUGGUACCAGCACACCUCGGCUAUUCUCGGUCGCGAACGAGAGCAACGACAGUUGGAUGAGCAACGGGCAGCAAAACGGGAAAAUUGUAGCUUCAGAGAGGCCAACUCUUCCACCCUGGCCGAUACCUGUCUCACCAAGUGCUCGUUUACUGUCGAAGAGGGUGUGGAAAUCUGGGCAAUAGAUGGCGACUGGAACCACUGCAUUUCUAUAAUCCGGUCCGCUAUUUCAACUAGCUGGUGCCAGCACUGGCUUUCAGAGACAGCAUUAAGUCGAAGUAUUUCGGCUUUCGAUUUUGAAUGGGAAGUAUUGGCCGGGGGAUUUGACAACAAGAACUGGACAUUAGGAAUAACACUAGGUGGAAAGACUUCCACUAGUUGGUGA